UGAAAAAUACCAAGUAGCCAUAGUUUGUUCAUCUCUAAUAAACCACGUCAAGUUUUGUAUACAAACAGUCAGAAAUUCAGCAAGAUUAGAAAAUUACCAAUCCCGGAAGUGUUUAGAGAUUUAUUUACGGCAGAAUGGUGUACAUCGAUCACAAUGGUCGUCUCUGGGACAAGCGCCCUUGGGAUAUGAGGCGGAUUUUAGCCAUAUUUGUGGGCAUCUGGUUCGCCAUUAAGCAGUUGUUCCAAUCGUUCCUGGCUCCUUUCAAUAGCGACGACAAUAGCGGCGAUUCUCGUGGAAGAAGCGGCUGGAGUAGUAGCAGUUGGGGUGGAGGCGGCGGCGGCGGUGGUGGUGGCGGAGGCGGUAAUGGUGGAGGCGGCGGUGGUUAUGGAGGAUUAAGACCAAACCGGAGAAUCGGACGAAUUCAACCAACUCAGACUUGCAGUGCAGGCGGUUGUUGCGGAUCUUAAAAUUGAUCCAUGCCAAGCAAACGAACAAAAUUCAGCUCGAAAGCACAUUAUUUCCUGGCUAAAGUCCAUCUUUCCUUUUGACUGGCCGCCGUACCUAAUAGGUGCUACGUGAUGAGCCUGUAUUUAAAAAUUCCUAAAAACAUAUGAUACCUUAAUUUCAGAAACAUGCCUUUUAUCUGAUAGUCAAAUUACUUUACUUUACUAUGAAAAACAAUAAAAUAAAAAAAUUAACAAA